AUGAUCGUUCUUUUCUUCUUUUUCAAUUUCGUUGCUGCCGGCUUUUUCUUGGAACACGAGACUCCGGAGAAACUUACUACGGAGGUGAUUUUGUCUCAAUGUGCCCAUAGAGCGCUUGAAGAUGUCAUUGAAGAGUGUGCCUCAGGUGGGGUGGAGGGCCUUAGUCCUAAUAUGAGAAAAAGGCUGGCCGUUCUGCUCUCGAUUUGUGAGUUUCAAGACGCUGGAGUGGAUUAUCCUGACUCGUGUAAACUGUUGCAACUGGACGCUGAAUUUCACCAAUGUGUCCAAGAUCUUAGGAAGACUUCUCAAUUCUGGACCACGUAUCUGGGAAAUUACCGAAAGAUUAAAACUAUAUGCCACGAGGAAGCUAUGCCGUUUUUUAAGGAACAUGUUUUGAAUCUUUUCAACAAUAUCACGAGGGAUUAUGCAGCGUUUUAUGAAGCAUCUUAUGAGAGAUCUCGCGAUGUCGAGGAGCACCAAAAGGAAGUUCAUUCUUAUUUUUCCAUCUUGUUUGAAGAAUUUAAGCUGAUGAUUGCGAGAGCUAGUCGAGAAAGAAAGGAAUGGGAGACCGAUGCAGCGAUAUUCAGAGAAAGAAUGCUCAACAUGUUUGAUGAAAUACAACAACACGCGGAGACAACGGCCAAUGGCACGCACGCAAAACUCCAUUUAAUGUCGGAGAAAGCUUCGUCUCUGCUCGAAGUGGCUCAAGCCCAACAUGACCGAGAAGCCGAAAUGUUUGCAGAAGUUUCGAUGCGGUGGGUCGAUUUACAAACAACGGUUUUCAAUGACAUGUACAGUAUUGUUUCCACUAUCAGAAGUCUUAAGGAUCUGAUAAGUGAUAUGGAAUCUAAAGAACUGGGUCUUCAUGGCUUACUUGAUUCCAACUUACAACUAUCCACCGAAUUCCACCAUCGCAUCAGGGGCAUUGAAUUUGACUUUGAGCAGUAUUUCGAAUUGCAGGGUACAAGAUUGCUGCUGAUGAUCGACGAGGCAAUAAACAAUUUGAAUUCCCAUUUUGAGUACUCCAUAUCUCAGAUCGAAGAUAGACAUCUUGCGCUAGAGCAGAAUAUCGAGGAAUUCGAUGGUCUCAUGGUUUCACUGAAGCUGCAACUUGAAGGUCAUUUCUCAGAUCUCCAUGGCCAGAUCAAUUCCUUGAUUGUGGAAUUCAAAUCGUCAAUGCUAUUUCCUCCGGCAUUAACGCCGGAUACUUCCGAUGUCAACACACCUCAGCCCAUAGAUCCAAUUAUCCACCGCAACAUGUUCACUUAUGCACAUCUUAUUGACAUAUCCUAUUGCAUAGACAAGUUCCAUAAGAUCGAUGAUCCGUUUGAUUGUGCACUCGACUGCUCCAAACGCUUCCCCAAUAUGACCUUGGUCCAUCAGUGGUACUUCGAUGACGCUGUAUGCGGAUACAUCGCAACCACAUAUUCAGACAUCUUUAACUACGAGAAACCAUCCAUUUCUCUGAACAGAAAGAAGACCAUCGUGGUAUCCUUGAGGGGAACAAGAUCGCUUAAUGACGUCCUUGCUGAUAUAAGAGUGGACAUGGUGCCCUAUCGCAACCUCCACAAACACCUACCGUAUUGCGGUGAGAAGUGCAAGAUCCACGAGGGGUUUGCUGCUUAUUACGAGAAUACCCUUCAAGCUAUCCACAAAAAGCUCAAGAAAGAGCUUACUUCUGCCUCGACGGAAGACUACGAGCUCGUUAUUGUGGGACACUCAAUGGGAGGCUCUGUGGCCCUUCUAUUAGCCCUUCAUUUCCUCGAUCUCGGGUUCGAUAAGCUUUCCUUAGUGACCAUGGGCCAACCUCUUGUUGGAAAUAGUGAUUUUACUACCUGGGCCGACUAUGUCCUCGGAAGCUACCUACCAGUGAAUCACGGUUCGUAUGAUCGCAAGUUUCUCAGGGUGAUCCACAAGGGCGAUCUAGUUACGCAAGUACCUUCAACUAGCUCCAACUUUCUUGACGAGUUUACGCAAUUCCAAAAUCAGAUCUAUGUGAAUGUUACUGGAAGCGAAACACAUCCGUCAAAUAGCGAGGUGGUCAAUUGCUUCUCCGGGACCAAUCCACACUGCAUUACUGACGACUUUGGCAGGCCCAACACCGGCAGUAUCAUCUUCAGAAACUACUACGAGGCGCAUAACACAUACUUCAGAAAAAUCGGUCUCUGUGGCUUACGGAUGCACGAUCACCUUCCAUUUGGCAUCAUGUGA